UCCUUGCGAAAGUACGGCGCCGCGCCUGUCUGCAAGUACUUGACCAAGAACGAGGACGGCGUGUCCAUCACCCCUCUGGGCUUGAUGGUCCAGGACAAGGUCUUCAUGGAUUGCUGGUGCUACAUGAAGGACGCGGUGUUGGACGGUGUUAUCCCCUUCAACAAGGCCUACGGGAUGACGGCGUUCGAGUACAUGGGCACUGACGCUCGGUUCAACAGGGUGUUCAACGAGGCCAUGAGGAGCCACUCCACCAUCCUCAUCAGGAAGCUGCUCCAAAUCUACCGCGGCUUCAACGACGUCAAGGUGCUCGUCGACGUCGGCGGCGGCACCGGCGGCACCCUCGGAUUGAUCAUCUCCGAGUACCCUCACAUCAAGGGCGUCAACUUCGACCUGCCUCAUGUCAUUUCCGACGCACCACCCUGCCCAGGCAUAGAGAAUGUCAGUGGGAACAUGUUCGAGAGCGUACCGACCGGGGACGCCAUUUUUAUCAAGUGGAUUCUUCAUGAUUGGACUGACGAGCACUGCUUAAAGUUACUGAAGAACUGCUGGGAAGCUUUGCCGCAGAAUGGAAAAGUGAUUGUGGUGGAAAGUAUUGUGCCAGAAUUGCCAAAGCCGACGCCGGAAGCCCAAAAUGUCUGUCUUGUAGAUAUUGUGAUGUUGACUGCCAAUCCUGGAGGCCGAGAGAGGACCGAAGAGGAGUUCCAAGAGUUGGCGAGGGAGGCUGGCUUCUCAAGAUUCAAUUUCACAUAUGUGUUUGCUGGUUCUUGGAUCAUAGAAUUCACCAAGUAGG